AUGCAACAAGAACAAAAUAUCAAGGUUGCAUUCAUGGGAGAUGAUGAUUACAGAAAUUAUCUUCAAAAAAUGUGGAGCGACUAUUCGAAACUAUAUCAAUUAGAAAAUCUGCAAUUUACCUAUCUUCCAACAAGUGUUGGAACUUGCUUGACAUAUCAUCCAUUCGAUGAUUUUGAUAUUCUUAUUUCAUUGGAUAGUUCUUUCUAUGUUUCUAUUCGAAAGUUCAAUACUGGAAGAAGGAAACCUGAUGGUCAACUCUAUAAUUUUACCGAUUUUUCAUCAGUUUAUUUGGAUGCACCAUUUGCCUUAUAUCAAUACGAUUCGGAUAACAGUACAGGGUAUCAAUACUAUUCGAAACCUAAUUGUACGAAUGUCCAAUUAGUUGCUGCCUAUGAAUCAGAAGUGCAUAUGAGUUAUCUCUAUUUGAAAAGAAAUAAUUCACUUUUAUCAGAAAGAGAAAUUGAGUUUCUAAAAUUUGCAAAUUCCUUGACGAAUCUCAAAACAAUUUCUUCUACAAUGCAAGAAAGAGCAAAUAUGGAGAAGGCAUAUGGAUUUGGAAAUAAUUCCUCUUUAGAAUAUUAUCAUUCAUUAUUCAUGCCAGAUUGUCAAUGUGCGAAUUCUGCAUGUGCUUCAAUUUCUUUUCAAGAAUCAGAUUAUUGGAUUAUACCAGCUGUAGCUUUGAUAGUGGUGCAUUAUUUGGUAUUAUUCAUUUCGAAAUCUUUCUUGACACCUUCCUUAAAAAGUAGACUUUUAAUUCCAUAUUUGCCAUUUAUAGUAAUAUUUUUUGAAGCUAAUAAUUUUGGAUUAAUUUAUAACUUGUGUUUUUAUCCAAGAAUGUUAAUUUUUUCAUUUGUUAUUACUUGGUACAUUAUGAUCUAUUCCUUGACAAUUAUAAGAAUUUACUAUUUAAGAAAUUUAUAUCAUUUACUUUCCAAAAAUAGAAAGAAUAUUGAAAAGAAACUUAGGUUUCAGAAAACAAUUUCAGGUCCUCUCAUAGGUCUACUAUUCACUUUUGUGGGCGGAUUUGCUCUAUGUGCCUUCCUUUCCCUUCCAUUUUACUUUGUCUUUAUGUACAUCCCAAUUGGAAACGCAAUUUACGUGAAUAUAAUUAUUGGAAUUUAUGUUGCAGUUGCAUGUUUGGUGGGUUUAUUGGCAAUUGGCGCCGAUUUGAUAUUUAAUAGGAAGAAGAUUAAGGAGAAGGGAUUGAGAUACUUGUUCUUCUUUGAUGAUCCUUAUAUGAUUCGUAUAGAGUUGAUUCUAAUUUCCAUGAUUAUUGUUUCGAUUAUUAUUGUAUCGACGAUACCUAAUUCACAUGGAGCCAGAUUCGUUUCUUUUGUGAUUUAUGUUUGCAUUGUGUUGAUAUCAGGAGGAAUGGCCACACUCAAGAAUAUCUUCAACAAGAUUCUGAUAACUAUUCGAAAGAAUAAGGCAAAUCACCACACAAAAGAUGAAAUUGAAAUCAUGUUACAAAACUCUGAUUUUAGAAAUAUUUUAAGAGAAUACUGCACCAAAGAAAUGUCUUUGGAAAAUUUCAACAUUUUCACACAAUUAUUAGAAAUGAAGGAAAAGAAAAUUAAUCUAACUUUUGAAAUAUUGAAAAAUAUUGAGGAACAAUACAUGGCACUGAAUUCCUUAUUCGAAUUGAAUGUUCCUUCUCAUGUAAGAAGGGAAUUUUAUGUAUUUUUGAAAGAAAUGGAAAGUGGAAAUAAUUCGAAAGAAAACGAAUUGAAGGAAAGUAAGGAAGAAUCAAAUUCCAAUUUGGAUAGAUUAAAUCUCAUUCUGAAAGAUUCAAUUUUGCAAAAUCUUGGAGAUACACUCUCAAGAUUAGAAACAACAAAGGAAUAUGAAAUAUGGAAUGAAAUUUAUUCGAUUCAAUCCAAAACCUUACAACAAUAA